GCGCUCUUCUGUCGUCUCUUGCAACUCUCUCUGUCUCUCUUAAGCUCCGUCGCAAAAAAAUAGUUAGGCUACCUCUACCUGUCCGUCGUCACUUCCAAAGCUCCCUUUGGUCUCCAUAAAAGGAUCUCGCAUUUUCCAAUUUCUCCAUUUCUUUUCUCCCGCAAUACGCCAUGAAGCUCAAGCCUCCUUCCAACUCCGCCUCUCAAACCCUAACGGCCACCACCUCGUCUCAUGACGCCCGCCUCCUCGUCCGCGAGACGCUCCGGAUUAGCGCCAAUCUCGCCUCCGCGCCUCCUUCCUCCGUCCCAACGGAGCCGCUGCUGCUUGAUACCAGCUCCAGAUUGCUGUGCUGCGAGGAGAUCGACGGCCGCAUGUGGAAAUACUUCCCGGAUGGCAGUGUCAGUUGCGGGGCGAUGCAACCGAAGAAGAAGAGCUCGAUUCGUGCUGUUGGAUUGCACAGUCCUCAAACUCCCAUAGAUGAUUUGAUGGCAUUCGUGAGAUCUUAUGUGGUUCCGGAAGGGUUCCCGGAUAGUGUUAUGCCUUCUUAUGUGCCAUACAUGAGUUGGAGGGCUCUAAAGUACUUUUGUGGAGGAGCAAUGAGUGUUUUUACAACACAAACACUCUUAGGUUCAGUUGGAGUAUCCAAAAAUAGAGCUACCCAGAGUGCUGUAGCUAUCAACUGGAUACUCAAGGAUGGUGCAGGCCGGGUUGGAAAGAUGCUUUUUGCCCGUCAAGGAAAGAAAUUUGAUUAUGAUCUAAAACAGCUUAGGUUCACAGGGGAUCUCCUUAUGCAGUUGGGUGCUGCUGUAGAACUGGCAACUUCUGCUUUUCCGCAGCUUUUUCUUCCUUUAGCCUGUGCAGCCAAUGUGGCCAAGAAUGUUGCUGCAGUCACAUCAACAUCAACUCGUACUCCUAUAUACAAGGCCUUUGCUAAAGGAGAAAACAUUGGUGAUGUAACUGCUAAAGGAGAGUGUGUGGCCAAUCUUGCCGAUUUGCUUGGCACUGGGAUGAGCAUCAUGAUAUCCAAAAGAAACCCAUCCUUAGUGACUACAUUUUCCAUCCUUUCAUUUGGUUAUCUUUUCAGCUCUUACCAAGAGGUAAAAUCUGUUGUAUUGUGUACUCUAAAUCGUGCAAGAUUUACUGUUGCAGUUGAAUCCUUCCUGAAGACAGGUGGAGUUCCUACAUUGAAGGAGGGAAAUUCAAUGGAAAAAGUAUGCAACUUCCCAUGGAAAAAUCAGAGACCUAUUGUUCUUGGACCAAGAUUCAAAGAGGCGUUUCAAGAUCCUGAUUCAUAUCUUGCAGUGAAGCCUAUUUUUGAGAGGGAACAGUAUAUAGUGACGUACAAUCCUUCGAAGAGGAAUGUAUAUGCAUUGCUCAAGAAUCAAGCAAAAUCUGAUGAUGUACUCAAAGCGGCUUUCCAUGCACAUAUUCUUCUGCACUUCAUCAAUUCUUCCAAUUAUCAGUCUUCGUCCGGGAAAGAAAUGCAGGGUGAUCUCUCUUUUUCCUUGGCAUCCAGUGCUGAUCUUCAUGCUCAUGUUGCAGAAUCUUAUGAAAUGGUCUCAGCUCUGUAUGCACCUUUCAAGAGUAAGGCCAAAGAACAGGGGUGGGUAAUGUCAGAAUCACUGCUUAAUCCUGGUCGAGCUCGCCUAUGUGAUUUGGCUGAAUAAGAUGUUUUCACCCGUAACAAGAUCAUCAUGCCUUGAAAGAGUGUAUCAUGCAGAGCUUCCUGUCAUGGCUUGCACAAACUACAGAAUGCGUAAGAGCUGUAAACAGAGAUGCAAGAAGAUUCUACCUAUAUGAUAGUAGGUUGCAUUUCCGCAAUGUAAGCAAGAAAUAACCUGUCUCCUACCAGAGUUUCCAGCGUAAUAUAUACCUAUUACCACUUGGUGUAAAUUUUGUCAUGUUUGUUUUUCUAUUAGGUGCUUUUGGCUGUUGUUACAGUAUGAGGUGCAUAAUGUUUAGAGCAUAACAUGUAUGCUUAUAUUAUGAUUUGCGAGUGUGUUAUGUAAACCCCUAUUAGCAUAAAAGUGUAUAUAGCAUGCUUUUCUAUAAUAGGAAUAGUGUGGAAACUCGAUUAGCAUAAUGUAUGGUAUGGAUUUGAUAAUUAGUCUGUCCCAUUAUUAUCUUCAAAA